AUGAGAAGUGACGUCAUACCAAAACUGUGCCCCAGACUUCCUGUCGGAGUCGGACGGUCGGUAGAUUGCAACAUGGAGGUCUUGCCCGAACCAGAACCCCAAAUAGAAGUUAAACAAUUAGCUGAAACUCCGCCACAAACAAACGGAUCUGUCGAAGAGAAAUCGAGAACGCCUUGCGAGGCAUUGCCUGGCUGGACACGAGUCGUUGUUAUGCGAAAAUCCGGCAGUUCUGCAGGCAAAAGCGAUGUGUAUUACUACAGUCCCACAGGAAAGAAGGUCCGCUCCAAACCAGAUAUGGAAAAGCUACUGUUUCAAAUGGAUGGUGGUGUGGAGAAAGACUUGAGCAAAUUUGAUUACCGUACGGGUACUUUUGUAGACAGAACUACAACCAGGAAACGAAAGAAGCCAAUCUGCAAUAUUGAUGCAUAUGGAAAGGACUUCUGUGACUAUAAUAGUAUGGCGUCCAUGCCAUAUAGGGAACCAAAAACAAUUGAUAAUACCUCUGUGACAUUUGUAUCUAAAAAUCCUAACCCCACUGUCAAUGGUUUGGAUUCAAAUUUAGUUCAUGUCUCCAAUGGGAAUGAGAUGGGGCUUGUCUCACCUCGGCAAAUCUAUUGGGAAAGGCGUCUACAGAAUAUGAAUGGUAAAAAUGGUCUGGUUGAUUUUGAUAUAUUUUCGGAAACAAAUGGAGAAUUUUGUUCAUUACUGCAUUCAAUUGUUAUGACACUUCAAAUAGAACGAGACAUAGCAAAUGAAAAAAUACCAAAAGGUACACACAAAGGACAACCAUUGAAGAAACCGAUAAAAAUUACAAAGGCAGACAUUAGAAAACAGGAGAAGAUGGUCAUAAAAGCAAGGAGAGAACUAGCUAAAGCUAUCACAGAAUAUGAAGCCUUAAAAUGCUCAUGAUAAUAAUGAAUUUUAAACUAUUUAUACUUGUGUGUGAGACCAAGAAAAUGUAGUUGCUAGUUUAACAAUAUACAAACACAAUCAUUACCAAAUGUGGACUUUCUGUUCAAAAGUGAUAUCUGAGUAGGAUUAUUAUCUAAUGGCAAGCAAUUAUGGCAAGCAAUAUUCCUAAAAUGGGCCCCACUUUUCUUCAAAUUUGGAUAGAAAGUCUGAAUCUGUGAUGUAUGUCUAGAGCAAUCUUAAAAUAGUUGAAAAAAUGUACAAAAACGUUAAACUUCGUUUUAUAAUAUGCAAUUAUGCAAUAUGACUUUAAUACAAUCUAGUUAAUAACUUAAUAUCAUUAUUCAAUUACUUUU